ACUGAUACUAUCAACAAAAGCAACAGCAACGGUAACUAGAUCACUAUUGACAAAACCAGAAAGCAACUCCAUACACGACAGGUUGUUCAUUGUCUACAAUUCGAAGAACGAAAAUAUGUUUUCCCCACAACCUAGGACACCGAAGAAGAAUCUUCGGGGUGGUCGUAGACCGAAGAAACCGAAGCAGCGUCAGGGUAUAGAAGAACGGCACUCUCCUCAGAAGUCACAGUGGGAGCAUUCUCGGGACCAAAUGAUGGUGGUUGAUGGUGGAAAACGCAGUCAUUCGGGCACCACCAUUUGGAAGAACUUGGAGGCGGMAAAAAGAAGGCAGAAUUCGAUUCGACGACGAGUGCGAAGGUACAGUCGCAACGACGACGAUAGUGACUACAGCGACUCCCAUUCGUCUGAUAACAACAGUUACAGUUAUGGAUUAGGCAAUAACAAYAAUGACAGCGACAGCGAUGAAUACGACGACGACUUCGAUCUGGGAAUGCAUCAAGAGAAUGGCAAGGUACAACAACACAUCCAAGGAACACCGGAAACGUUUUCUAGUCUGCUUUCGAAAAGCUCGGSGAAAAAGAAGAAAACUGAAGCACAAACCAGUCCCAAUAAUUCGAGGCAUAAAAGACCAAUGGGCAUCAGUACUGUGUACCCUAGUAUGAAAGGUUUUGCCGAAAACAGGAACGACGAUAAAGCACCUGCGCUGACAUCAGAAGAGGCCAUUCGAAUGGUGAUGCAGCGACACUCGUACAUCAGCGAUAGCGAAGAAAGCGAAGAAGAAAAAUCACUAGGCACGAAAACCCCAGAGAGGGAAACUUCUUAYAGUACCAAUGAAACCUCGGCAAACACCACCACUACCCAUACAGACGACGAACACAAAGAAAACAAUCGGUCACACACAGGAAAACGGGUUUUGGUCCUCAAGCACAAAAAGCCAAGAGAGGACACUCAUCCUAUAACGUCAAAGAACAAAAAAUACCACGAGAAAAAGCCGUCACAGCAGAAUCGCAACACCAAAAACCUUUCGAUAACUUCCAAAAGCAAGACAAAUCAAACGAAGCAGCAGCAAACACCUCAGCCACGAGUACCAACGAAAAGCGCCGAAAAGCAGCAUGURUGUAGCAGUAACAAUGUUGACAAAUCGGCGGAAUUCGAUGUGCCUCUGUCGCUCCAAUCUUCGGUUCUAAAGCGUGCCAAAGAUAUCGUUGGCGAAGACGAGAAAAAUGCUAAACAGAGAGAUGCCAACGGUGGUUAUGACCAUGCGUCGAAUCGUUCCGCUCAAAGAAGUCGAGUGAAACAGCCGUCCAAAAGUCGUCAAGGAAUACCAAAUGACGACAGAGCGGUGAUUUCAGACAAGAAUUCUCAGGAGGAAGUACAUUCGGUCGACGCUUCAACGAAGGGUGGGGAAUCGAACAAUGGAAAGGACGACAGCAGUGAUGAGGACGACUCGGAAUACGACGACAACUUCUUCCAGAUAGAUGGUGACACCGCCAAAACGAUGCCGCAAAACCCAUUGGGCAAUCGGGGCGCAAACAGCGAACCCGACAAAGGGCGGAUCGACAACGACUCGGAAGCUACAGGUCUAGAAAGCAGCAUCGAAGACGUAGAUUCUACGGAACCCGCGUGCAGCGACGAUGACGAAGAAUACUGGGCACACUUCUCCUUCAAGACCGCGAAAACAUCCAGGUCAACCUCGAGGCAUUCUAGGGCGUCUGCCAACCAGGCGUGGGUCAAGGCCAUGCAGCAGGACGACGACAUUGAUUUCUUCGAUGCCAUACAAAACGCAUCGGAGUCGAACCGCGAACGAUCGGUAAAACUUAGCGACGAGCCCCCGCACGUCAUCGGGGAAGACGACGACAGCGACGGAGAGGGAUGGACCGAAAAACUCACUAGUUUUGUGGGAAGCACCAUAGGUGCGCUGGCCACCGGCAGCAAGGAUUCCGACGAGGAUUCGAAACGAGGCGACCGAGGUGCCCACGCGCCCGCGUCGGAUCGCUCGAUGGGAUCAUCCUCGACAAAGACGACAACGACGACGACGACAACAACAACGACGACGGGCCGGUCCAGAAAAACUCCGAGGUUCCCCAGCGACAAGAACAAGAAGGUUCCCUCCCGGGAGCUAGAAAUCAUCCGGAAAUGCCAGGAGCAAAUGGAAAACCAGUGGAGGGAAGUCGAACGGCGAGAGAGGGAAGCGGCCGCCAACACUCGCGAGAACAUACUGUUGCGCCGGCAGGAAGAAGAGGCGAGGGCCCCGAUCCGGAGAGAAGUCAUGGCGUACCGAAAAAUGAUGGAGGGAAUGGGCAAGGGCGAAAAGCUGGCACCCCUCGAUAGCAAAGAGGCCGCACAAGAGUACGACGAUCGGCUUGCACUGGGCAAGACACUCGAAGAACAAGAGAGAAAAAUGAGAAUGAACGAACUCACCUUGAGGAAGAUGGACAUGGAGGAUCGGAAGGUGAAUGCCGACGAGCAGUCGGAAUCCAUGUGCGCCCGUUGUUGCGUCAUCAGCUAGGAAAAAGGUGCGCGGCGCUGCAGCACGGCAACGGGAGAGGACACUGCAAUUCAUUGUUCGGAAGGGUGACUCCAAAAACUAUCUACGGCACGAGAGCCAACACGAGACAAUCGGGGGGAAACUGAUUUCUUAUUGCAGCGAGAGCGAGAGCAGCAAGUUUAGGGGGGGGGGGGGAAUGGGGGCGUUGGUUUGAAUGCGAUGWUUGUUCACACUAUGUAUACUAAGA